AUGAGUGCCCCGCAAAUUAGUGCUUCUUUGACACGGUUAAAACUUCUAGAAGCUUUGCGUUCUGGAGACACUUCCAGAACCGACGCUAUCAUUGAGGAGUUGUCUGCUGUGAAACCAACAACUCAAACCACAGAGUUAAUCCAACUUCGAGAAACUGUGCUCCAUUAUGCUGUGCAAAUCGCCCCACUAGCACUUGUCCAGCACCUUGCUCAAAGCAAAAAAUUGGACAUUAAUUCCCAGGAUGUCGAUGGAAACACUCCUCUUCAUCUUGCUGCUUCUGCUGGCAGAGCCGAUGUUGUUCGUUUUCUUCUUUCUCUUCCCGAUAUCAACGAUACCAUCACCAACCUCAAAAAGAAGGUUGCUGUGGAACUUUGCAAAGAUCUCAAUCUUGCUCAAUUGAUGCAGUUUGAACGGGCAAAGUUUGUCGAGAAGCUGGCUACCGAUUUGCGCAAGUUCUUUACCAACAGGGACUUUGAUAACUUGGAAGUUCUCUUGGUUAGCAACCCUCGUGCUUCUCAACUUCUUGAUAUUAAUGGCGCAGAUCCCGAAACUGGUGACACGGUGCUCCAUGAGUAUAUCAAAAAGGAGGAUAUUCAAAUGUGCGAUUGGAUCUUGAAACAUGGAGGAGAUCCUUUCAAGAGAGACAAGCGUGGGAAACUUCCCAUUGAUUUGGUGCCCAGUAAGAACGAACCAUUGCGUAAGCUCUUGAAGUCGGCAUCCAAGGACCAAACCAUAAUGGAUCCUGUUGUCAAUACGAGCAACGCAAUCAAGGCUGGCACUGCUGUAACCUAUAGAGGGUAUUUGCGCAAAUGGACCAACUUUGCUUCUGGCUACAAGUUGCGUUACUUCCUUUUGGACAGCAAUGGAAUCUUAUCCUACUAUGCCAACCAAGACGAUACAAACAAUGCUUGUCGUGGAUCGCUCAACCUUGGAUUUGCAACUUUACAUUUGGAUUCGUCGGAAAAACUCAAGUUUGAAAUAUAUGGCCGCAAUGGAAUUAGAUGGCACCUCAAGGCAAACCAUCCUAUUGAAACUAAUCGCUGGGUGUGGACACUUCAGAACGCUAUAACAAUUGCCAAGGACAAUAUGAAGAGACGUGGAGUGCCUCCUAUAGAAGAUGACAGUACUUCAGCUCGUUCCAGUGUCGAUGAUCCAGAAAAGAAGCACCGCAGAUUGCACAUUCCUGGGAGGGGAAACAGCAGAAAGCACAAACGUAAUUCUAGUCAGGUCUCACUUGCCUCAGCUACCAGCGAGGAAAGCAAAGAUGUGGCUUCGACGUCCAGUGCAUUUGGAAAGGAAGUUGGCAAGACUCCAACUCUGCCCAACUUGUCCAGAAUCAAAGAGAAGAAGCCUUUGGUUGUGGAUCCCGAAGACCAACAAAGCUAUGUUGAGACGGACGUCGAGAACUUUGACCAUGAUGAGUUUGAUGACGAUGACGACAGUGAUGGCUCGACUUAUAAUCGUGGUUCGGAAGAGCUGUUUGGAGCUGCUGGAGACGAACUUUCCACCAUCAAACGUGCUUUGGAUAUUGAAAUCACCAGCUUGAUUGACCUUUUCAGCCUGAUAGAUCCACUGCAAUCCGUAGAGGUAGGCGCGAAGGAGGAAGUUUAUGGUGUGGGAUUGAGAUCUAUAAAGACCAUUCAAGAAUUGACCGAGAAAUACUACGCCAGGCUGCAACUCAAAGAUGCCAAACUUCUGAAGCAAUUGGAUCGCCAACUUCAGGUCAACAAACUUUGGGAAAGACUGAUCCAACAAUUGGAGCUGGAAAUCGCCGAGAGAGAGAAGAAACUCUCUGAAUUUGAAGGCAAGAAGAAAAAGUUGAGAAAGUACUUUUCAGGACGGUCUGGCCAUGCUAGUCCCCGCGUGGCUGCUGGAGCAGGGGCUGCUGGCGCAGGAGCUGCAAUUGGUGCUGGUGCUGUUGGAGCCAAAUUGGGUUCCGGAACUUUGCCUGAGGAUCCUAAUGAAGAUCAGGGCCAGGAGGACAUAUUGCAGAAGAAGCUAGACGGCGAUGACUCGGAUGAAAUCGAGGGUCUUUUGCGCGAUGACUCUGAUGACGAGUUCUUUGAUGCCGACGAGUUUGACCAGGAGGAAGAACACGAACCUGCCUCAGGAGUGGGUGAGUCCUCUGGUGAGAAUGUGGCAGCUGGCGAACAAUUGCAGCAUACACAAUCAGAGAAAACUGUUGUUGACGACUCAACCAGUGCUGACCAGCCUCAAGAGGAGCAAGCCAAAUCCAAGAGCAGUAAUCCUAAACACGAUGAAUGGAAGCAAAUUCUUGAGAAAGACGGGUCAUUCUUGGGUUACGAAAACGGGUUCAGGAACAAGUUGGGCAUGGAUGACGAUAACCGUCCCAAAGUCUCUCUUUGGGGUGUGUUGAAGUCGAUGAUUGGUAAGGAUAUGACGAAGAUGUCGUUGCCUGUAUCUUUCAACGAGCCCACCUCUUUGGUUCAAAGACUUGCUGAAGAUAUUGAAUAUGCCACUCUUUUGGACACCGCCGCCAGCUACGAUGAUCCUACGUUGCGAGGUGUUUAUGUAGCUGUGUUCGGUGCUUCCGAAUAUGCUUCCAGUAUCAACAGAAUUGCAAAGCCUUUCAACCCACUUUUGGGAGAAACAUACGAAUACUGCCGUCCCGAUCAAAGUUAUAGAUUGAUGGUGGAACAGGUGAGCCACCAUCCUCCAAUUAGUGCGUGCAACGCCGAGUCUAUCAACUGGACUUACUACGGAGAAAAUGCCGUUGACUCACUGUUUAGAGGUCGCUCGUUCGACUUUAAGCACCUUGGUAAAAUGUUCUGUGUGGUGCGCCCAAUCAACGGGGUUGUGAACAAGAAUGGAGAGAAAGUCGAUGAAGAGUUAUACAGCUGGAAAAAGGUGAACACAUCUGUUGUGGGGAUUAUUACCGGAAACCCUACUGUUGAUAAUUACGGUAGGAUGGAAGUGACAAAUCACACCACAGGAACUAGUGUGAUUAUCGACAUGAAGCAGCGUGGUUGGAAAGCGUCGUCGGCUUAUCAACUUAGUGGACAGCUGCUUGACAGUAAGGGUAAUGUUCAAUGGGCUAUUGGAGGCCACUGGAAUUCAAAGGUGUAUGCCAAAAAGGUUUCGGGCCAUCAAGAUACCACGUUGGAUUCCACAACUAAAGUGUCUGAUGAUCCAUUCAGUGGAAGCAGAUUCUUAGUAUGGCAGGCGGCUCCAAGACCAAAGCUUCCAUUCAAUUUGACUCUGUUUGCCGUAACGCUCAAUGGAUUGGACGAAAGAUUGGGAGAGUUCUUACCACGUACGGACACUCGUUUAAGACCAGAUCAGAGAGCCAUGGAGGAGGGACGUUACGAUGAGGCAGCCGACGAGAAAAGAAGAGUGGAGCAGAAACAAAGAGAAGCAAGAAAGCAGCGCGAGGAGAGCAAGAAACCAUACCGUCCUCAAUGGUUUGUCAAGACCAAGCACCCAAUCACGGGAGACAGUUAUUGGCAGUUUACUGAUGAGUACUGGUCAAAGAGAAAGGAUAAGAAGCUUGGUGAUGUGAUGGAUAUCUUCUAG